GGGCUGGCUUCAGUCGCCGCCGAUCUUCCAAUGCGAGAGGUUCGGGCUCGAAAAUCCAUACAACCACAAGCGGUUCUCAACGCGACAGUCUAUAACUGACUUAAUCCCGAACUCGAUCUCGAGUAACAAUUAGCGAUUAACGACGAGCGGUUGACGCAAUCAGAAAUGCAGUGGCUUACAUUAAGUUUGGUGGGGCUGUUCGCCUCGUUCUUAUCAAUAUCAAUAUUAAUAUCAAUACCAAUGUGCGUGGCUGUGGAACCGCCCGAUGAUGGCAAAUUGCGGGUCUGUGUGGUGGAAUCGCGUGGCAUUUAUCGGAAAACCCCCAAGUUCUGCCCGCUGCUGGAGGCCAAGAGCAACAUCGAGUGCGUCAUCGGCGUGGACCGGCUGGAUUGCGUGCGUCGCAUCCACAAGGGCACUGCCCACUUUGGAGUGCUCACCUCGGAGGACCUGGUGGCCGCCCGCUGGGCCAGCGUGGAGAUCCUGGUGGCCAGUGAGCUAAGAUCGCACCAGUCGCACUUUGAGUACGAAAUAGUGGCUGUGGUGGACAAUCAGGCCGAUAUCCACACGGUCCAUGAUCUGCGAGGCGCCAAGCUGUGUCAUCCCGGCUAUGGAUUGGGCAAUCACUGGACGGAGGUCCUGGCUAAUUACUUUGAAGCUGCCAUGGUAUCCAAGACCUGUGAUCCGGAACUGACCGUUACGGAGGAUAGGAUUUCAUCGACGGCCAGGUACUUUGGUCCCAGCUGCAAGGCGGGUCCCUGGGUGCCCGAUCCCAAGCAGGAUCGCAUCCUGAAGAGUCGCUAUCCCUCGCUGUGCGAACUGUGCUAUGAUUCGGUCAACUGUGAUCAGAACGACAAGCACUGGGGACGACGAGGAGCUCUCUACUGUCUGACCAGUGGUGGUGGCAACGUGGCUUAUGCUCGUCUGGAUGAUGUGCGCAGUCAUUUUGGGUUAUCUGGCAUUGCGGCUCAGGCGAAUCCCUCGGAGUACAGCUACCUUUGCCCGGAUGGUCAUCUGCAGCCGAUAAACGUGACCAAACCAUGUGUGUGGGUGGCCAAACCCUGGCCCGUGGUGGCCGCACGUCGCACCCAUGCUGCCCAAAUACAGCGUUUGGUCACGGGACUCAGUCAUGACGAGCCGGACAGUUGGCAGAGUGCCCUGCUGAGCCUCCUGGAGACAUAUCACGUUUUUACCGUCCCUCUGGACAAUGUAAUAUCCAUCGAUGACUACCUGGACCAGGCCACCGCCUUCCAGUCGGCCUACAGCUUUCCGGAGUGCAAUCCGCCGAGGUCAAUUAUCUUUUGCACCACGUCCAUCAUUCAGCACAUCAAGUGCUCCUGGCUGCAGGAGGCCUCGCAGGUGUACGGUGUCCAGCCGAAUAUCCAAUGCGUGAGGACCAUGGAUGUGCAACAGUGCCUGGAUGAUACCAAGUUCAAGGCAGCCGAUGUGGUGCUUGUGGAUCAGGAAAUGCGGGUAAAGGCCCAGCGGGAUUAUAAUUUAGUGCCACUGCUGUUUGAGUUCGCCACGGAUAUGCAUGAUCGGUAUGUGACCAUUGCCCUGGUGCACAAGGAUGCCAAGUUCCAGAGCUUCAACGAUCUCAGGGGAGUCAGAGCCUGUUUGCCCUCGUACGAGGGAGCUGCCCAUUUGUCUGUCCAGGAGACGAUAGUGAAUGCCACGGGCAAGGUGCACUCGCUGCACUCCUUCUUCCACCGCGACUCUUGUCUGUGGCAUCCGGAUAAGGGCAGAAAGUGCCCGCUGCACUAUCAGGGUGAUGAGGGUGCGCUCCGCUGCCUUUCCGAGGGCGCCGAUGUGGCCUUCCUCAGUUCGGAUGUGUACAACAAGUAUGUCGAUGGCAACCUCACUGCGAAUUGGUUGGCCAAGGGCAACCACAAGGACUUCCGGGUACUGUGCCCCUACGGAGGCAUUGAAAAACGGUCUAACUUUAAGUACUGCUACCUCCAUUGGACCACCCGUGGCCACCUGAUGACCCACAAUUCUUCACUGACGCGUCACCAUGAGAUCUACAAUUCGCUGCGCGACAUGGAUCAGUUAUUUGGCCGGAAAUACAAGAGUGAGACACGUCCUUUCACCCUUUUCGGCAUCUUUGACAAACGGAACAAUGUGCUGUUUCGGGACACCACCGAUGGGUUGCUGGGCCUCCAGGAGCUGCACCGCGAUAAUGCCAAGCGGGUGAUGGAGCACAUCUACGAUCGGUAUACCAACACCCAGUACUACAAGAACUUUGACGAGAGUGGAGCUUCGCAAUUUAGCUAUAAUUACUGGAUUUUGAUUUUCUGCUUCUUUUUCACGCUGCAGCGUCAAUUUUCUUAGUCAUGAGCACGAAUCUAAUCUUAUUUAUUGUGAUAUUAUGCUAAACUUAAGUUAAGAAUAACAAAGCUUCAACCAGAGCUAUAUCACCAAA